CUAGCAAGAAAUUAAACAAUGGAAAUAUUUUUAUUUUCGUCCAUUGGAUGCCUUUUUUUAACUGUAAAAAUGAGCUAAAAAUUUCUAUUAGUAUUUGUACGGGGAUUGCCAAGUACUUGACUUUAGUGCGCUUGACAUUAGGAGUCCUCGUAGUAUGAGUUUUCGAUUCGUUGCAAACCCCUCCUAAAUUUAUGACCCCUGAUUUUUUUCAGUACGUACUGCAUCUCAUCGUCAACAAGUGGGUUGAAAGGCACAAACCGGAAGAUCCGAGAAGAUUGGCUCCAACGAAAAUUAGUUCUGUAUUUGGAACGCAUUCCGCUAUCCUACUCGCACGGUACAACUUUAACCGAAAAACCCAAAAAUCAUUGAAGCGUAUCGAAAUCAUGGGGCAAUAUGACAUGGAGCAAGUCGGAAUAACAUACAAAGUUGCUUGGCAAAAGAAUGAUGAAAUCAUGAUGAAAGAUGCCUGUAAAAUUUGGAAGGAAAUGGGUCUCAUAAAAGAAGAAGGAAUGGGAAUGCCGAGGGCGAAGCUCCUCUCCGUCGUUGCAUACGAGGGUGACAAGAUGGUGGGCUUGUCAACUCUCACUGUCGCCAUGCAGCAACAGGUAUUCGCGAAGGCGUGCCACUUUCGAUGCGUGGUCCGUCCCGAAUACAGACGACGCCAUAUCGCAACCGAGAUGGCCAUUCGUAGUCUUGCGUUAUCGGAGGAAUGGUCAGAACAAAAUCCAAGCUACAAGGUUUUGGCGUUUGUCAUACGCGUUGAAACCCAAGAUUUAACAAUGAAAUGCUACGAGCCAGUUUGGAACAAUAAGAUGAACUUCAUUGGCUAUUCAGCAGAAGGUUUACCAUUGUACCUUCGGUGGUUCAAACAUGCAACUUUUGGCAAUCCCAACGAAGAUCCUGAUUUUACGUUUUAUCCGAAUCGUCCCGGUCGAAUCUAACGGCGUAGUAUUUGAGGAUCGCAUUGGCUUCAUGCCGAGAAGAAACCGAAUGGAAUGAUAUGUUCAAGAUUUUCGUGAGUUGGCAGGAACAGAAGCUGCACGACGUUUGUCCAUUAAGGUACUCUUAACUUGUAUUCAAAUUUGAUGCAGCAGGUCUUCCUGUUCUCACUUGAUCAUUUGAACGAAGCGCGUGUGCAUUUAACUACGCUUGAAGGCAUCAAAUGUAUUUGGCACCAAUGAUAACCUGAAUAGUCUUCCAGAACUUUCGUAACUUGACUCCCAGUAAUCUCUUGGUCGUGAAGGACUCAGCUCGAAGGUCAGCAGUAGAACAAUGUUCGAUAGUCACCUCUCAUUUCUUCACUUGGUCCUUGAUAAAGAAAAAUAGAAAAUUUUGUGCUUU